ACCCGGGUCAUCGGCAACCCAGUGCCAUUGUACCCUCUCCUCUCUCUUUCUCUCUUCUCCCUGCUCCGUUUCAUCGAUCUGUGUGUGCUAGCUGCUGCCUCUCCUGUGCGCGAGUGAGAGAGAUGGCAGGAGGAGGUGACACCAAUGGCUCCUCGGCUAAUGAGCAGCGAGCCAUGGAGGAGGGCGGGAAGCAGGAGGAGUUCACUGACCAGGGCUGCAGCCUCGCCGUCUCCGUGCCCUUCAUCCAGAAGAUCAUCGCGGAGAUAUUUGGGACGUACUUCCUGAUCUUCGCCGGGUGCGGGGCGGUGACGAUCAACCAGAGCAAGAACGGGCAGAUCACGUUCCCGGGGGUGGCGAUCGUGUGGGGGCUGGCGGUGAUGGUGAUGGUGUACGCCGUCGGGCACAUCUCCGGCGCGCACUUCAACCCGGCGGUGACGCUGGCGUUCGCGACGUGCCGGCGGUUCCCGUGGCGGCAGGUGCCGGCGUACGUGCUGGCGCAGAUGCUGGGCGCCACGCUCGCCAGCGGCACGCUCCGCCUCAUGUUCGGCGGCCGCCACGAGCACUUCCCCGGCACCCUCCCCGCCGGCUCCGACGUCCAGUCGCUCGUCCUCGAGUUCAUCAUCACCUUCUACCUCAUGUUCGUCAUCUCCGGCGUCGCCACCGACAACCGAGCCAUCGGGGAGCUGGCAGGGCUGGCCGUUGGUGCAACCAUCCUGCUUAACGUGCUAAUCGCUGGGCCAAUCUCCGGGGCGUCGAUGAACCCGGCGAGGAGCGUGGGGCCGGCGCUGAUCGGGAGCGAGUACAGGUCGAUCUGGGUGUACAUCGUCGGCCCGGUCGCCGGAGCGGUGGCCGGAGCCUGGGCCUACAACCUCAUCCGCUUCACCAACAAGCCGCUCCGCGAGAUCACCAAGAGCGGCUCCUUCCUCAAGAGCAUGAACAGGAUGAACUCCUCCUCCACCUAACCAUACAUUAGCUGCUGCAUCUAUAUCAACUUAACCUCCUCCUCCCCCACCACCGUCGCCAAACCCUAAUUACUGCUGCUACCACCAUCAUCUGAUCUUGAUCGAGAUCGAGAUCUAGGAGAGCAACUACUAUUUGUGACAGUACACUGUAGUAAUUUUUGUUGUGUCGCCGUCUGCCGCGCAUGCAGCCACCGUCUAUAUAUCUAGGUCUUGUUCGGGACAGGAAUUUUGCAUCGUGCGUGAAGUUGUGGGGGGGUUUCUAUGAAAUUCGUGUGGAGUUUCUGGUUCCGAUAUAUCUAGAACUAAAUUGGAGAAUGUAUAUGUGCGCGUUAGCGUUUGGAAUAGUAAGUAUGUUUUGGAUCA